AUGUCGCGUCGCCCAAUAUACUUGAAUCCUUCGGCGGCGGACGAGCGCUGCGAUUUCUCGACCAUCCACGGCCUCAGUCAUUUCCAUCACUCUCUCCCUGGUUACCGUCCAGCACCAUUGGUCUCACUCCCUGAAAUUGCAGCCGAGUUAGGGGUCAAGGCGAUUUUCGUCAAGGACGAGAGUAACCGCUUCGGACUACCUUCCUUUAAGGUUUUGGGCGCAUCAUGGGGAUGCUAUCGCUCUGUGGUGUCUCAUCUGGGGUUAUCACCGACUGUCGCUCUUGAAGAUGUGAAGCAGCGGCUCACGGAAAGCCCCGUCACUCUCUUUGCAGCUACCGAAGGAAACCACGGACGAGCAGUCGCCUUUAUGGCAAGACAGUUCGGAGUAUCGGCGCGAAUCUUCGUCCCCGCAUCAAUGGAUGAGGGGACGCGUAACCGGAUUGCAUCCGAAGGCGCUGAGGUAGUCAUCAGCAACGGCGACUACGAUCAGGCAGUCCAAGAGGCAUGGAUCGCAUCACAGAACGAUGGUGGACUACUGGUCCAAGACACCGCAUUCGAUGGAUACGAGGAGGUCCCGGCAUGGAUUGUGGAGGGUUACUCGACAAUGAUGACGGAGAUCGAUGAACAGCUAAGCCAGCUUGGUCUGCAAAGCACUCUGACUGUUAUCCCUGUGGGAGUUGGAAGCCUGGGGCAUGCCGUAGUCAGACAUUGCAAGUCUCGUACGCCCCCGAUUGCUGUCGUGGCUGUUGAGCCAGACAGCGGACCCUGUCUGAUCAAUAGCCUGCAGGCGGGCACGAUGGUCACAGUCAAGUCUUCAGAAACGAUCAUGAAUGGAAUGAAUUGUGGCACGGUAUCAGCCACCGCGUGGCCCGAUCUGCAGCGAGUAGUAGAUGCUGCAGUCACAGUUUCAUCGUAUGAGAGUCACUGCGCGGUGCAGUAUUUGGCAUCUAAUAACGUACGCGCAGGUCCUUGUGGCGGAGCAUCUUUGGCUGCAAUCCGGCGGUUGAGAGCAUCAGCCCAGGCUGCAUCACUACUGCAUAGGGACGCCGUGGUGGUACUCCUCUGCACCGAAGGUGCCCGUCCAUAUCCCCUUCCCCGCGAUGUGGCCGUCGAGGACGUUGUGGGUUUGACGCAAGUCCUAACACGAAUCAACUCAUCCAACCCUACACUCUCUGUAGCUGACGGUGUGGGAGAGACCGAGAUCGCCGACUAUCUCGCUGCGUGGUUCGCUCAUCGUGGGAUAGAGUAUCAUCGCGUCGAACCGGUUGCCGGUCGGCCAUCCAUCGUCGGCGUAUUGCGUGGGAGUGGCGGUGGUCAAUCGUUGAUGUUCAACGGCCAUAUUGACACUGUCAGUUUGAGUAGCUACGAAUGCGACCCGUUGUCUGGCCAUUUGGGCGAGAAGGAAGGCAAGCAAGUGAUUUUCGGACGGGGUAGUCUGGACAUGAAGGGUGGACUGGCUGCUGCUUUGGCAGCUCUCGCAGCGAUUAAAGCCAGUGGUCGCACCCUUCGGGGAGAUGUCAUUGUGGCCGCUGUAUCCGAUGAGGAAGAUGCUUCCCAGGGAACACGCGAUAUUAUUGCCGCAGGAUGGCGUGCAGAUGCUGCCGUGGUUCCUGAGCCUACCAUGGGGGCGAUUGCAAUUGCACAUAAAGGGUUCGUAUGGGUGGAAGUGGACAUUCUAGGUGUUGCCGCGCACGGCUCAGAUCCUCAAGCGGGAGUGGACGCGAUCCUUCAAGCAGGUUGGUUCUUGCAAUCUCUGGAGCAGUAUCAGAAGCGACUGCCCAUCGACGAUGCCCUGGGACAGGCCUCUCUACAUUGUGGACUGAUCAAGGGAGGUCAGGAACCUUCCUCGUAUCCGGAACGUUGCACCAUCACCAUCGAGUUCCGGACGAUUCCUGCCCAAUCCAACGAGUCUAUUCUUGAGGACAUGAAUGCUUUGUUAAGCGACAUUGCAAAAGAGAAACCUCGCUUUCGAUAUGCUCCCCCUCGCCUCACUGUUUCGCGUCCGACACAGAAGCUCUCAGCGGACCACCCUCUAGCCCAAAAGGCUGCAGCAUGUGUCACUGAGGUCCUGGGAAACUGUCCUGGAGUGGUCAGUGUACCCUUCUGGUGCGACGCGGCUCUAUUGAGUGAAGUGGGAGUCCCUGCAAUAGUAUAUGGUCCAUCAGGAGCCGGACUACACAGCAAGGAGGAAUGGGUGGAGGUCGACAGUCUCCAAGGGAUGAGCAGAGUUUUCGAAAAAUUGAUGCAAGAAUUCUGUGCUUGA